AUGGAUCAGACAACGUUCAAUAGCCUUCAGUCACGGAUCCUUGGUCUUGAGGUCCAGCUCAAUGCUAACCAGGGCUUGGAAAAUGGUGGCAGCACAUCUACAUCCAAGGAUCAUUCGAUAAUGGACCAAAUAGCUAGUAUUCAAUCUCGUUUGGAUAAAUUUUAUAAAGAAAACACCGAGAUGAACACUCUUAAUAACAUAUUGACCGACUUGAAGCUAUGGGGGAAACUAGACGACCUGCCUGCGUCUGUUGGGUCUGAGGAGGUGGCCUCGGAGCCGUUACUGGUGGAGACAAAGGAACAGAUUAUCUUGUUAAAGUAUCCCCAGAUUAAACAAGCUUAUAAUAAUUUGAUUGAAAUGGCCAAUAUGGACAUCGAUAAGAUUGUCAAUUAUAUCGAUAGUACCCAAUUCAAAAAUCAUGAUUUCAAAAGGGAUCAUGCUAAGAUACUAGAAAGAAAGAAAACCAUUGAUGAGAUAACAAAGAACUUCCACUUGUUGGUGGUUAAGAAUAUGAUUGUUUAUGAAAAGUAUCUCAACAUGGUCAUUGAAGAGAAUCAGUUUUGGAUCAGCACUGAUGAAAAAACGAUCCAAUUAGAAAAAUCGGUUAAAAAUCAUGAAUCAACUGAUCAUUAUUAUAAUAAGUAUUAA